AUGUCCACCUCGCCCAAGAUUAUGGUCAGCCCUCCCGGUCUCAGCCCUGGAGGAAUCAACAGCGCCGCUGUUUCGGUUACCCAGCCGUGGCUCCGGAUGCUCAGCUCCGUGUGGGGAAUGUGCGCCCCGAAGCGAAUCCGCCUCGAAGAUGACCUGGCAAAGGAGCCCAAGCGGCUGGCUGCCCUCUGCAAGCCCAUUUGCAAACAGAUGCUCGAGGACCUCAAGUACCCCGGCGUCCCACGGGUCAAGCGCGAGUCCGUCGAAGCGCUGCUGAAAUAUAUGCACAAGAGAGCCGUCGAGAUCGGAUGGCCACUCGAUACCCCUCUGUCCCAGAAGGGGUUCCGCUUGGGCUUCUCACUAGCUGCGAUGUGCCAUCCCCGUCACCCGAUAGAAGUGCAGGGUUAUGUUGGGCUCUUCACCUGGCUCGUCGUUCAGUACGACGACAUCGUGGGCCAGAAUGAAGGCGGCAUGGACGAGGCCCAGCACUUCCAGCGGCGCUUCCUCAACGGCGAGACCCAGCCCAACGCCAUGCUCGAAGGGCUGGCGGGCCUGCUGCGUCAGGCUCCCGACAUUUUUGACCCCGUCAUGGCCAGCCUGUUGCAAAUCUCGGCUCUCAAAUUCAUGACUUGCAACCUGCUCGAGCGUCACGAUGGCUUCCAGAACAUGAAGACCACGCGGGGCGCCGGGAUCAAGUUCCCCGACUUCCUGCGCGACCUGGCUGGCAUAAAUGUGGCGUACGCCGUCUUCUGCUUCCCCAAAGCCCAAUACCCGGACGUGAGUCAAUACCUGGAGGCCAUUCCUGACAUGGCCAGGGUGAUCGACAUUUCGAACGACGUUUUCUCCUUCUACAAGGAGGAACUUGGCGGCGAGACCAGGAAUUAUAUUCACAACCGCCGUAUGGCAACCGGCAAGGAUGUCUUCGCAGUCCUGGAAGACGUCGCCACCGACACGGUAGAUGCCGCCAACAGAGCCUCCGCCAUCCUCAAGGGGAGGGGCACGUACGAGCAGUCUAUGCAGGAGUGCGCCCGAGGCUUCCACGCCAUGCACACAUCGAACCCACGGUACAAGAUGGCUGAUAUGGACUUGGCCGAGGAGCAUCCUCUGGCUCCGUACGAACAUCUCAUGGCGGAGAUCUUUGGCGGUCAUGAAAAGGUGAAGGCAUGA